UCCCCCUUCCCCCUUCAUCACAAAUUGGCCGUCCCUUUGUUCCACUCUCUCUCCCCCCUCUAUCCCCUCCUCUCCCACUGCCUCUACCGGCGUUAGCUUUUCCCGCCUCUUCACUACCAACUAUGAGCACCGCUGCUGCUGCACCUUCGACAUACGUCCAGCCUGUCCUCUCAACCGACGGCCGUCUCGGCCACUUGACAGAGGAGCAGACCGAGAAGCUGAAGCAGUUCUGGGUCCGCCUCUUUGAUAUCUUCGAUGGCAAGGCCCUCUUUGACCAGACCGCACCUUCGUCCUUCAAGGGCCAGGCCCGCGAGGAAGACAACGGCGAGAUUGCGCCCGCGCAGAAGUCGGGAUGGUUUGGGCGGGGCAAGUCUGCGUCGGAGAGCGGUAGCGCAAUCGUCGUCGCACCACAGUUUACGGGUCAGGACCUGUACAAGGCGUUCUGGAAGAUGAUCAUGAUGGACCACCCUGACUUGAUUGUCCUCAAGUUCAUCCGUGCCCGCAAGUGGGUGCUGGACGAUGCGCUGAAGAUGUUCCUGAACGCACUCAAGUGGCGCAUUGUCGAGCGUUUGAGCGAGCUCUCUGAGCUGUCAGAUGUAGAAUUGGAUGCCAAAUACCCAAAGUUCAUCGAGCAAAUGCGUAUCGGCAAGGGCUAUCUCCGGGGCGCCGACCCUCUGGGUCGCCCCAUGUCCGUUAUCAACACCCGUCUCCACCACAAGGCUGACCAGCCCGCAGAGACCCUCCACCGCUUUACUCUUUUUACUAUGGAAUGCGGCCGUAUGCUCCUCCCCGAUGAGGUGGAGACCGUCAUCGUUAUCUUUGACCUCUCGAACUUUGGUCUCGAUAACAUGGACUGGGGCUUUGUCCGCCUCUUUGUCCAGUGCUUCGAAUCCUACUACCCAGAAACCCUCGGCAUGUGUGUCGUCCACCGGGCGCCCUUUGUCUUUUGGGGUCUGUGGAAACUAAUCCAACCUCUACUCGAUCCUGUCGUCGCCUCCAAGUUUAUCUUCACACGCAACAACAGCGAGCUGCACAAGAUCAUCCCACGUGAACGUCUGCCGAUUGCGCAUUAUGAUGGACUGGACGAUUGGAAGUACGAGUAUAUCCCGGCACGCGAGGGCGAGGACGACUGUAUGAAGGAUGUGGUGAAGAAGGAGGAGCUAUUACAGGAGCGUCAGGCACUGGAGUCGAGGUUCGAUGCGGCGACGAGGUCGUGGAUCAAGGAAGGUGGUGGCAGGGGAUCGGAUGAGAGGGACGAGAUUGCGAAGGAGUUGAAGGAGCAGUAUACAAGAUUAAGUCCUUAUACCAGAGCUGUAAACUUGUAUCAGCGAUUGGGGGUUGCGGUCAAUGGACAAGUCAACUGGACGUAUAAUGUCAAGUCUGCGUAAGGAUGCGAUAAAAGUGGUUGCGAUGUAAAGGAAGAAUAAUGGAGUGGAGGGCUGCAUUUCGAAGAGAUAUCUGUAUAUACACGUAAUAAAGAUCAAUUCGUUCAAUGACGGGCUCUAGGGAGGGGUUUCUCUAUCAAGUAUGCAAAAGAGAAUGGGUGGUGGAUGGCACCGCAUGG